AUGCUCUCCACACUGAGCUCGGCGACGUGUAGCGUGGCCCUGCCGCCGGUAAAACAACAAGCUAAACAUGACGUGCCGCCUUUCGAGAAGGUGUACCGACUGGGCACGGUGCUGGGUAGCGGCGGUUUCGGUACAGUAUACUCGGGGGUCCGCGUGGCAGACGGCGUGCCGGUGGCAGUGAAACACGUUUGCCGAGACAGAGUGGUUGAGUGGGGCUCUUUGUGUGGCACCGUGGUUCCGCUGGAGAUCGUACUCCUUAAGAAGGUGGGAGAAGCAUUCAGUGGUGUAGCGCGACUCCUGGACUGGCAGGAGCUCGCUGACGGCUGGUUGAUAGUGUUGGAGCGUCCUGAGUUGGGCCAAGACCUCUUCGACUACAUCACAGAGCGCGGUGCGCUUGAUGAGGCAGUGGCGCGUGGAUUCUUCCGCCAGGUGUUGGAGGCAGUGCGCCACUGUUAUGCAUGCGGCGUCGUUCACCGUGACAUCAAGGACGAGAACCUGGUGGUUGAUUUGCGCACAGGCCAGAUCAAACUCAUCGACUUUGGAUCAGGCGCGCUGCUGCGAGAUGGACUUUAUACUGACUUUGAUGGCACUCGUGUGUACAGUCCCCCAGAAUGGAUACGUCUCCGUCGCUACCAUGGCCGAUCUGCUACCGUGUGGUCUCUGGGGGUACUUCUGUACGACAUGGUAUGCGGUGACAUCCCCUUUGAACAUGACCGCGACAUUGUCAGCAGGCGACUGUGCUUCAACUCCAACCUUUCUGCAGAUUGCCAGCAGCUGAUUGGCUGGUGCCUCAGCCUGGAGCCAUGCGACCGUCCAACUCUUGAGCAGAUCUUUCUGCACUCGUGGGUGACAUGUAAUAGUAGCAAUGAGGAAGAGGAGGAAGAAGAUGGUGUCACACAAGAAGGGUCAUCCCAGGAAAGCCUCUGA